GGCAGAUAGUCAGUGGUGAGGACUGAGGGCGGCCAGCAUCACUACUAUCACCAUCACCACCGCCAGCCUCAGCUAUCACCACCGCCGCCGUCAGUUGGUCCUCGGCACCGUGAGGACAGGCCGCGCACUGACUCACUAAGGAGUAAGGACGUACAGCUCCGGGAGUCUUGAGUCACUGCAUUACGGGCGGUAACUGUUGCAUAAACACGUCGAUAUCCAUCAGACGAACGACGGCGAGAGGGAGGGAGGGAGUAGUUUGUCGCGUGUGUGGCGGCGCCCCUCCACCUGUGUGUGUGUCAGGCGGCCCUCGGGCGUCCCCUGGGUCAACACACUUCCCGGCGUGAGUUACGGGUGACCUGACCUCCGCUGGCAUGCCUCUCCCCCCACGAACGUGACCCUUGACAACACCGUGACAUAAAAUAAUGUAUUCAUCGUGAAAGCUGGCAACAGCCGCCAGGCCGAGGUGCCGGCGAGGGAUUUAGUUGUUUCCAGACGGCGAGAUAAGUCACUGCGGGCACUGGUAUCGUCAGGAGCCCUAGGCGGCGUGCGCAGCGACGUGUUGGUGCAGGCCAGGUCGUGUGUCAUGCCCCGCGGCGGCGGGAUAAGUGAAGGAAAAUAGUGGAUGUGGCGAGCGCGUGCAGGGCCGCCGUGGAGCCGAGCCAGGCGGCGCCAGUCGAGCACCACACCUGGGGCGGCGCACAGCCUCCACCUGACUGCUGUGUACCUGUGUGCGUACCCGUGCCUGGCCGCGGCGGCCCGUGUCAAGUGUUGUCAGUGUGCGGCGGUGACAGCAUGCGGUCUCGUGCCUGCCUGUAGGCGGCGAGUGUCUCUCAGAGCGAGCGUUCCCCUGGCGCUGCGGCGAGGAGUGGCGGUGGUGCAGCAGCCUCCACCCGCGGCAGUGUUUGUGUUGUGGCGGCGCGGGCGGCGGCGGCCCCAUGUGGUGCGAGCCCCCCUGGUGGAGCUGCGGCGGCCUCUGCCUUCCCCUCCACCUUUCCCUGCUGCCUCUGCCCCUCCCCCCCCUCCACCACCACCACGGAGGCAGGUGUAGCCCCCGAGCGCCUCUGGAGCGACUGUAGUAACCACAGCGGCAGGAGCAGCGGCGAGUGUGGGCGACGCGGGCGGGGUGACGGAGGGUGGUGUGCGUGGGCGCGCGGGCUGGGCGGGGCCGCCUCGACCUCCAAGCUAUGCCCGGGCGGCGCCGUCCCGUGCUUCAUGUUCAUGUUCCGCUCCAGGAAGACCGCCCUGGUGAAGCGGGCGUGGAAGUCACGGAAGGUUGGCCUGGGCGACGCCUCCCACCAGGAGACCAGCCAGCAGGAGGCCGCUGCCCAGCAGCUCAAGGUUGCCGCCUUCCACCUCCUGCGGCGCCUGACGGAGCCACAGCUGGAGCUGCUGGUGGCCGCCCUCGACUCUGGCGGCGGUGACCCCGGAGAGUGCGUGCUGGUGCCCCGCGAGGUGGGCGUGGAGUGCGUGGGCGGCCGCUCCCUGCCACCCCACCUCCUGAUGGUGUGGGUGUGGCGGUGGCCGGACCUGCUCAGCGCCAGCCAGUACAGCGCCACGCCCCUGCAGCGACUUCCCUCGUGUGCUGCCCGCAACGAUCACGUCUACGUGUGUGCCAACCCCUACCACUGGGCCAGACUACUCCAGACAGAGUCGCCUCCCCCACCCUACUCUCGAUUCAGCUCUGAUCUACUUAGACCUGAAGAUGACGCCCCAAGUGAAGACGGUGACAGCAUCCUGGAGUCGCAGGAGACGGGGGGAACCAACCAGUUUGCGACGUACGCCUCUCAUGGGACUGGGUCAGUUCCUUGGUGCCAAGUGGCCUACUGGGAGGGACGGGAGCGGGUCGGGCGCCUGUAUCCAGUGUGCUCGUCUUCCCUCAACAUCAUGGGGGACACGCCUCACGGGGACGGCCUCUCGCUGGCCUCGCUGGCGGCACACUCGCCAACCUCACCCUCGGAUCAAGUCAAGAGAACUAGAGAGAAAAUAGGUCUCGGUUUGGUGCUGUAUCAGGACGGAGACCGAGUGUGGGUGUACAACAGGGCCGAAGUUCCGCUCUUCGUCACCUCCCCCACCCUGGACGGGGGCCUCCACGUGCGCUCCCACUUCAUAGUGCACAAGCUUCCCCCGGGACACAUCAUCACCAUCUUCGACUACAAGAAGGCGCGGCUGUACCAGAAGCGGCCCAUCCACCCCGACCUGCUGCACGAGGGACCCAUCGACCAGAACGCGGUGCGCGUCUCCUUCGCCAAGGGCUGGGGCCCCAACUACCACCGUCAGGAGAUCACGGAAUGUCCUUGUUGGCUAGAAAUCCUGCUCGUCCCUGCAAGAUGAUGUCCUCACUGCCUGGUGCUCUCUCACUGCCCACCCAGUCUUGCCUGCCAGUCACUGUUGGCCGGUCCAGCAGCACUGCCAGGGAGUUUAGCAGCAGCAGCAGCAGCAGCAGUAGCAGCAGAGACAGAUUUCACAUGGAACUUGUGAAGUGGAUUUGCUAACCCGGUGUUGCCGCAGCAGCAUGAGGCAGCUUGGCCCCGCGCCGCCGGGCCGGGCCGCGCGAGGGCCGCCGCGAUGCUGCCCUGCGUCGGGUCUGCGCCAGUGAGUCGUUCAGUGCAAGAUGCUCGUUAGGCGUCGGGGAGGAGUCUCUGCCACUCUCCCCGCGCAGAACACAACAUAGGUGGGUGUGGAUAUUUAGUGUGAGAUUAUUUCAGAUUGCUAUUAACGGGUCACAAUUUUGUUGGAUUACUUCCUCUGUGGUUAUCUUGCCAGUGAAUUUGGGCACUCAUGUUUAUAUUAUUUCUUGUAAUGAAAUCUAGUCUGAGUUUGUAAUUUUUUGUUACUGUUUCUUUGUUCUUAUAUUAUAACACAGUAUCUUUGAUAUUUGUUUACACUUCUUUCUGAAAUUCGGUGUAAAAUGUACUUCAUCAAGGUUCCCACAGGUCCAGGAAAUACAAAGUCAAAGAGAACGUUAAAUCUCGAGUCAUUAGCUGUUCCUCUCUUUGAAGGAGUCAUUGUUUAUAAGACAACUAACUUAAUAAAUAGCCAACAAUGUGAAGCUUGUUAUGACAGUUCCCUGCCAGCCGGUGUCGGCGGCGCGCGUCCCCGGCCGCGGCGCCGCCCUCCGACCUGGCCAGGGCGUCCGUGCACUAAGACAAGAUGCGCCGAAAUUCCUCGUCUUGCUUUCUGUACACAGCUAAAGAGACAGCAGAGCUACAUGCUUUAAAAGUCCCAUUUCUACCUCAUUUGUGGAAUAGGUGAUUAUUCCUCAUUCAGUUUUGUAGGGUGUUGCUGAUCGGAUGGCGAGAGUGACUACUAAGUACUUAAGUGUGCAGAGUGUAGCUGGAAACUGGAUGUUAACCAGAACCCAAGGAAAGAUCUGCCUCUCGAGUCCAAGCCUUAGUCUUAGCCUGUGGGAACCGUGCGUGGCGAGUCACGAUUGUUAUUCACGCUGUGAUGGGUUAAGGAAACUUUUGUACAGGACACAAUCAAACUUGUUGUAUUAAUGAAGAAACAGGGAUUUGGCCAGACGAUUAUAAACCCUCUUAAAUAGUUCACUCCUUGUACUGGCAAAUACUGGUUAUUUUUGUAUGCAAAUAAUGACUGAAACACAAAACUUGUUUGGUUUGCAUCACAACAAGGACACAUUUCCUGCCUCAGUGCUUAUGCAAGUUUUGGAUGCAAACUCUACACUUUAGAGUCAGCAAGAAACAUGGCUUCUCUCCAAUCCAUUAGAGAUAUCACAAAGAUUUCUGACUCCUAGAUACCCUGACCCAGUACGGUAAACUGUAGUAUGUGUUCACUAGUCUCUUACUGUUCUGACUGCAAGGGUGGCGCGCUGCCACGCGUGGACUGGAGCACUCCGCUGUGGAGGCCACAGCCCAACGGUGCUACUGUGGAAAAAGGAUCUUUCACUCUGUUCAAGUACAAAAUGGCUUCCUGCAAACCUGGUGCCCUCAUGUACAGUUUUAUACUAUCGUUUCUUGGCAUCUUGUGUUACCUUGGGGGUCAAGUCUGACGCAGCGUCGCCGCCGUGCCCCGCGGCGAGAGGUGGUGGUGGCGGCGGCGGCGGCGGGAGAACACGGCGGCGCAACGUCACCGUGCUGCGGCGUGUGUUGGUGAUGCAGGGAAGGUCACACUUGGCCCCCGCUGCCUCUGGACCUAAGACUGUAGCUCCUCGAAAGAAAAGAAAGAGUAAAUUGGUCUUCUACAGAUUCUAAACAGGCUUUGUCAUGCUUACGUUCCACAAGAUAUAAACCUUUCCCUUGACGUACAAUAUUUACUGUGCUGUGACUGAAGCAAAACUCGUUCCUUCAAAUUUUGAUGUGCCAUUUAGUUUACGUUCCUCCAGUAUUUGCUCAGCAGCUCCCGGCGGCCCCGAGCCCCGCACCACCGCCCUCUCCGUGUCAGUGUGUCGACAAGUGCCUCACGCCCGAUACCUUUGUUUGUUACGGUCGUUCCUCGUGUCGCGUCACCUGUCCGUGUCGUGCCAGCCUCGCCGAGCCGUGUCGUCCUGCCGUGGUGCGCGUCGUGAGCAGGCCACUGUGAAUACAAGCACCUGAGGGUUCCCAACACAGCUGUCACGUGUCCUUUGCCAGGAAGUGCCUACGCGUAUUGCAUGUUGUCUUGUGUCUUCUUCCCAAGGUUAUGAUGAGAUAAGCUUGGGAAGAAACUUUGUGUGGCAGAAACAUUUCCUAUUCAUAAAAGCCUUUUUGUUGCAAGUCACUUUAGUUUCCUGUUGAGUUAACUCAGUAAAUGACAAUCAAAAUCUUAUUUUGUUCAUAAAAUUAAAGAAAUCAGCGUCACCUAGAUUUCUGUUCAUUUUCUGGUUCAGUUGUUUGAGGCUGAGAUGAGGAAGACGCUUCCUGAAUCCCUAAGAUACAGCAGACUGUAUCUCAGAGCAGAUUAGUCUCAGUCUCAGAGGAAAUUAUUAGCAGACGCAGAUCAGGUCUUUGCCGCCUCACUAGUGACUCUUUGUAGGGGUGAAGGAUAACCCAGCCCGGCCAUCACUAGUGUACCUUUCUGUGAUUUUCUGGUUGAAUACGGUUCUGGUCACAUUGGCAGACAGAGUGUUUGAGUCUUUGCACAACAUUGCUCUGCUUGCAUGAAUUGUAUUUUACUGGAGUUGUUGUUGACUGUAUCAGCAAACCACUCACGAUUGCCUAAGACUAAGGCGCUGGGUAACAGGUAAAUGUUGUCGGAAGGGACGGGACCAAACAUGCAGCAAGUGCCUCAAUAGGGAGACUACAGGGUUGCUUGAGGGAGGACCGGACGUGUUACGCUAAACGCUAAUGUGAGCUCGAUGUGAUAACCUUCCAUUGUCUGUAAGGAGGAAUACUCUGUUCACGCUAACCCCGAGGAGAAGCCCCGCCCUUGUCAGCCCAGCAACCGCCUAUAAGAUUAAGCCUUUUCCAGCAUCCCUUGGCUUGCGGGUUGACCAAUGGUAUGCACUUCACGAGGAAGACGAGGGGCUUUUUUUCGGGGGUAAUUUAAUCUCUGUUCCCAUUAGCAUUGAAAAUAAGCCCCACCCACGCCAGCCUGUCAUUCACCAAUAAGAUCAAACCCUUUUCUACGUUCACCAAUACAAUUUAACCUUUUCCAGCAUCCACCAGUAAGAUUUAACCCUUUUCAACCCCCACCAAUAAGAUUCAACCCAUUCCAGUAUCCACCAAUAGGAUUUAACCCUUCCCAGCAUCCACCAAUCACAAGCGGCCUAAACUGGCGAGGGGGCGGGGCUUAAUCUCGAAGCUAACCUGAACAGAGCGUCUUAAUUGUUGGGGCAGCAGUCCGUGUGCGAGGAGACAGAAUGGUUGUUACGUUAGGUGUGUAAUACGGAUAUUAUAUUAGCGUUAGGGAGUAGAGAAGGGAAAGGUGACCUACUAUAAAUAUGAGCUAAUAUAUACGGAGUUAUACAUAAGGAUGACGACUCGUUAAUCAGAAUGUUUUGAUAGUCAUAUAUACCGUGCUACCUGAAGGAGCUACACAGACAGAGAUAGUGAUGGCAGCGUUGAGAAAUGAGGGAAGAGGUUGAAGGGAAAAAGAACCAUUGCACAAGUCUUUUUUUUUUUUUCUCGAUAGGGUUUCAGGUAUGUGUGUGUGUGUGUGUGUGUGUGUGUGUGUGUGUGUGUGUGUGUAUCAGUGACUGCUUCUAAUCUUUUUGCAUCGGAAGCGAAAACAUGUAAUGGACUGCUUAAUUAAAUACUGUAUCAAUAGGUGUGUGUGUGUGUGUGUGUGUGUGUGUGUGUGUGUGUGUGUGUGUGUGUAUGGCUGCCGUUCGUGAGGUCGACGUGCCAUUGGAGGCUAUGAAGUGGCGUCAGUUUCGUUCAAUAGGAGAACUUUGUGCAUUUAUGAGCGAAUGUUCUUUUGUUUGCUUUCACUGGGAGAGCCACACCCCCCACCCCCAGCCAGUGCAUCCUGAGGCUCACCUGACCUGACCUGACCUGUCCUGACCACUCACUUUGCCUGGCUGUCUUGUAUCCACCGCUGUACAUACUGUACAUAAGAGGUUACAAAGUUAAUUUGGGUGAAGCACAGGGUGGUUGCUAUUUUAGAGGAAAGAUACUUCCUGCCUUAUAUUUUUGUUAACCUUGGUGACGCAACCGUCCACUGCUUUACCACCGCAUACUAUGUAAUACAAAUGUGGCUUGACCAUAUUACGAACAUGUACAGUUGAUUUUUAUUAAAAACUUUUAGACUA